ACUGCGUGCUUACUCACUCACUUUCCAAGAUGAAGCCUAACAACAGCAGCCAGCCCCAGGGCGUCCGGAGAGCAGCUUCCACCACGGGCCUGAUCGUCAUCCUGCUGCUAGUCGCCUUCACCGCGUCCAACUACUCGUCGCUCAACACCGACCGGUUCACCGACGUGCCCACUUCCGCGUCGCACGUGACGUCGACGGCGACAUCGUCGUCCCUGGCAAGGAGCAAGUGCGACGUUGCGAAGGGGGAGUGGGUGCCCGACCCGGCCGCGCCCUACUACACCAACGCGACGUGCCCGCUCAUCGACAGCCGCCAGGACUGCAUGAAGUACGGCAAGCCGGGGCUGGAGUCCAUCCUCCGGUGGCGGUGGCAGCCCCACGGCUGCGACCGGCCCCGCUUCGACCCGGCCGCCUUCCUCCGCCUAGUGCGCCACAAGUCCAUGGCCUUCAUCGGCGACUCUGUCGCACGCAACCACAUGCAGUCGCUCAUGUGCCUCCUCUCCAAGGUGGAGCACCCUCAGGAGAUUCAGCCCAAGGACUGCAUCCACUGCACGCGGAGAUACUACUACCGCGAGCACAACUUCACCGUGACCGUGUUCUGGACGCCGUUCCUGGUCCGGUGGAACCUCACGAACGACGGGGGGCAGCAGUUCAUGGACCCGCACAACGUGUACCUCGACGAGGCCGACCCGGAGUGGGCGCGCGACGUCGCGGGCUACGACUACGUCGUCCUCAACGGCGCCAAGUGGUUCACCCGCCCCGUCGUGCUCCACGAGCGCGGCCGCGUUGUCGGCUGCAGCGACUGCGGCGAUCCCAACGCCACGUACGUGCCGCCACACUACGCCGUGCGCGCGUCGUUCCGGACCGCGCUCCGGGCGCUGCGCGGCCUCCCGGGCUUCCGCGGCAGGGUGGUCGUCCGGACGGUGGCGCCCCCGCACUACGAGAACGGCAAGUGGUAUGACGGCGGGAACUGCCUCCGGACGCGGCCCCUGCGGAGCAACGUGACGAGCCUCCCCCAGACGGAGGCCGCGUUCCACGCCGCGCAGGUCGAGGAGUUCCGCGCCGCGGCUCGCGGCUCGGAGGCGGGGCAGUUCAUGCUGCUGGACGUCAGCGAGAUGAUGCAGAUGAGGGGCGACGGGCACCCCGGCCAGUACGGGCAUUGGCCGCACGAGAAGGUUGGCUUCGGCAUCGACUGUGUUCACUGGUGCUUGCCAGGGCCCAUUGAUGCUUGGAGCGAGUUGUUGCUCCAUUUGCUCACUAAUGGUUAA